GCUGAGCUCCGAUUCAAUGAUCAGUAGUCAGUAGCGGUGUGAGUGAGUGAGUACGAGGAGCAAGCUUUGGGUCGGAGGAGAUCGCAGGGAGUACGGAGGAAAAAGCUGACCUGUCCAUUCUUGUCCUAUAGAGGGCGUGUACCCUGGCUGAGCUCUGCUGGGUGGAUUGCUAGCAUUGGAAUCGCACAUCUCUCUACAGACACAACAAAGUGCAGCGAUCCCCAUUGCCUUCUAUGUGUAGUGAUGACUAAGGAUUGCCCACCACAGCCUACUGGAUCCGUCUUUCCCGAGAGAUCCCUCUCAGUGGAUUACUAAUGGGACUCUCCAUGAGCUGAUCGUGCACUGCCUGUGUUCCCAAGGGUGAAGUGAAAGGUAAAGUUUUCAAGUUGCACUACUAUGAGGUCAGAAGCUUUGCUGCUAUAUUUCACAUUACUGCAAUUCGCUGGGGCUGGAUUCCCAGAAGAUUCUGAGCCAAUCAGUAUUUCGCAUGGCAACUAUACAAAGCAGUAUCCGGUAUUUGUGGGGCACAAACCAGGAAGAAACAGCACACAGAGACACAAAAUGGACAUCCAGCAGAUCAUAAUAAUGAACCGGACGCUGUACAUAGCUGCUAGGGAUCACAUUUAUACGAUAGACCUGGACACAUCACAAUCAGAUGAAAUCUAUUUCAGCAAAAAACUGACAUGGAAAUCCAAGCAGCCGGAUGUUGACACCUGCAGAAUGAAGGGAAAGCAUAAGGAUGAAUGUCAUAAUUUUAUUAAGGUUCUACUAAAAAGGGAUGAAGAAACAUUGUUUGUCUGUGGAACAAAUGCCUUCAAUCCUGCCUGUAGAAAUUAUAGGAUGGACACACUUGAGUUUUUGGAAGAAGAAAUUAGUGGUAUGGCAAGAUGUCCAUAUGAUGCCAAGCAUGCCAACGUAGCUCUGUUUGCAGAUGGGAAGCUCUAUUCUGCAACUGUCACCGACUUCCUUGCAAUUGAUGCAGUCAUUUAUCGAAGUCUAGGAGACAGCCCAACUUUACGAACAGUGAAAUAUGACUCCAAAUGGUUGAAAGAGCCGUACUUUGUACAUGCCGUGGAUUAUGGGGAUCUUAUCUACUUUUUCUAUCGGGAAAUUGCGGUGGAAUACAACAGCAUGGGGAAGGUGGUGUUUCCAAGAGUUGCCCAGGUCUGCAAGAAUGACAUGGGGGGCUCUCAGAGGGUGCUCGAGAAACAGUGGACCUCGUUUCUUAAAGCUCGAUUGAACUGCUCUGUGCCUGGUGAUUCCCAUUUUUAUUUCAACAUCUUGCAAGCUGUUACCGAUGUCAUCCAUAUUAACGGGCGUGAUGUUGUGCUAGCUACAUUCUCCACACCCUAUAACAGCAUCCCAGGCUCUGCCGUCUGUGCUUAUGACAUGGCCGACAUCGCAAGUGUGUUUACGGGGAGGUUCAAGGAGCAGAAGUCACCAGAUUCCACGUGGACCCCGGUCCCUGAUGAACGAGUACCUAAGCCCAGACCUGGCUGCUGUGCUGGCUCCGCCACAGUAGAGAAAUAUGCAACAUCCAAUGACCUUCCAGACGACACCCUUAAUUUCAUUAAAACACAUCCUCUCAUGGACGAAGCGGUGCCAUCUAUUGUAAACAGGCCGUUGUUUCUCCGGACUAUGGUUAGGUAUCGACUAACAAAAAUUGCGGUUGACACUGCUGCUGGCCCUCAUCUGAAUCAUACAGUGGUGUUUCUGGGAUCAGAGAGAGGAGUUGUCCUCAAGUUUCUGGCGAGGACGGGAUACAGUGGCUUCCUUACUGACAGUCUCUUCUUGGAAGAAAUGAAUGUUUACAAUCCUGAAAAAUGUAGCUAUGAAGGAACAGACGACAAGAGGAUUAUUGGGAUGCAGCUUGACAAGCAAAACAGUGCUUUGUAUGUAGCAUUUUCCACCUGUGUCGUCUGGGUUCCACUUGCAAGAUGUGAACGACACAUGAAGUGCAAAAAGACUUGUAUAGCUUCCAGAGACCCGUACUGCGUUUGGAUGAGAGAUGCAGGAACUUGUUCGCAGCUGACACCUGGUUCUAAAGCACCAUUUGAGCAAGACGUGGAGCAUGGCAAUACAGACGGCCUAGGCGACUGCCAAAAUUCUUUUGUGGCAUUAAAUGAGUUUUCAACUACACCACCUGAUCCGGAAUUAUUUUACACAGUGUAUGAUCCUAGCACAACCUCUCACUCCAGAAGACAUGAGAGUUAUGACAGGGGUACUGUUCUGGACUGGAAGGACAACUAUGACUCUGCUGAGAGCACUGACCCCCACGUCGCUGACUCUUUCCAUAACCAUCAGGACAAAAAGGGGGUGAUUCGUGAAAGUUAUCUCAAAGGUCACGACCAGCUUGUUCCAGUCACACUUUUGGCCAUUGCUGUAAUUCUUGCUUUUGUCAUGGGUGCUGUCUUCUCUGGAAUUAUUGUUUACUGUAUCUGUGACCACCGCAGGAGAGAUGUGGAUGUGGUGCAGAGGAAAGACAAAGACCUUAGUCACUCCCGUAGAGGUUCAAUGGCAAGUGUUACCAAGUUAAGUGGACUCUUCGGUGAUGGUCAGGGCAAGGAGCCUAAAACGGAGGCCAUCCUUACACCUUUAAUGCAUAAUGGAAAACUUGCCACCCCAGGCACAACUGCAAAGAUGUUAAUCAAAGCUGAACAGCAUCACCUAGACUUGGCAGCUCUACCAACUCCUGAGUCCACUCCAACUUUGCAACAAAAGAGAAAGCCCAGCCGAGGUAGCAGAGACUGGGAAAGAAACCAAAAUAUUAUCAAUGCCUGUACAAAAGAUAUGCCACCAAUGCCAUCACCUGUUAUACCAACUGAUUUGCCUCUUCGUGCAUCACCCAGCAACAUUCCAAGUGUAGUAGUACUUCCAAUAACUCAGCAAGGGUAUCAACAUGACUAUGUAGACCAGCCAAAAAUAACAGAGGUGGCACAAAUAUCUAUUGAAAAUCAGAGUUCCACUCUAGAGUACAAAACCAUUAAAGAGCACCUUGCUGCCAGCAAAAGUCCAAAUCACGGUGUCAACUUGGUGGAAAAUCUAGAUACCAUUCCACCAAAGGUACCUCAAAGGGAGGCUUCACUAGGUCCUCCAAGUUCCUCAAUGUCCCAAAAUGGAAUGGGCAAACGAAUAGACAUGCACUCCUCCGCAUACAGUGUGGAAUACAAGAGAAACUAUCCUACAAACUCGCUCACAAGAACUCACCAAUCCUCAACUCUCAAAAGAAACAAUACGAAUUCAUCAAAUUCGUCUCAUCUCUCCAGACAUCAGAGCUUUGGUAGAGGGGACAAUCCUCCCCCUACUCCACAAAGAGUAGACUCUAUACAUUUCAAUGCUGCUCAAGGGCAGACAGUGACUCUUACAAGGCAGCCUAGCAUCAAUGCUUAUAACUCUCUGCCCAGAUCAGGUGUGAAACGUACUCCCUCCUUAAAGCCAGACGUACCUCCUAAACCUUCAUGUUCAUCUUCUAUUAGGUCCAAUGAUGCAUGUACAUAAUUAGAUCAGAAGGGUUCAAUACCAGCUAAAAAUAAUUUGCCAUUAUGAGCCAGUGUACUGCAACUUCAUCAAUAAACUUCAAUUUCCAAGAAGGCUAUCAUUAAGCUACAAACUCUUUGGAAAGGAAAGUGAAUAUUUUCUUACAAAAUUAUGUGAUGUAUGGUUUAUAUUUACAACUGCAGGACUUGCACACAAUUAUAAACAGUUGUCUUUGUUAAGACUUAACCCCAGAACAUCACAUCUCAUGAGCCAAAAGCACAAAGUUGAAUGUUACCUCCUGAAACUCCUCCAGGACUGGUAGACGGAGGGUAGAAGAGUAACGGACAACGAGACAAAGGAAAGGGACGCAUGACUUCAGAGACAAUGCUAACGCAAAGUUAAAUUAAUGGCAGACGUUUACUAUGUGCAGAUACUGUGAAAUGCCCAUCAGUGUUACAGUCGCUUGAUUAGCAGAUGGAUGCCCAACUGGGCACGGUUCCUCCUGAUCUCUGCUACACUUCUCUUUAUAUUAAAUAACAUGUGACCAGUUAACAAUAGUAACUUUGAUUAUUUAUUGUUCAUUUUGUCUUUCCUAAGGAAAUGACUGUCCUGCAAAUCACCUUAUGAGCAGCUUUGUGGAGGAAAAAAACAAAUAAAUGACAAUGAACUUAUGAUUCUUAUUUAACAUGACACUGCUAACUAAAGUAGUUGAGUUAUUUUAUUAUUUUUUUCCAAUAAAUUGGCAGAAGAUAUAUUUUGUGCUGGCAUUCUAAAAUUUGGAUUGCAUUUCAAUCUUCCUUCAUGUUCAUCUUCUGUUCCGCCUUUUGUUUAUCAACUAGUUUUUUAUACUUUUAACGCCAUCAUCUCCAGGAAGGGUGUGUGACUUCCAAAUAGUAUGUUGCAAAACCAUCCAGAUCCGAUAGGAUUAAAGGGGAAUAUUUAUUUUCUAAUUGAAAGGAUUCACUGGCUGGGCCUUUGACAUUUUUAUUUUUCAUUUCAUAUGGAAACAAGGAUCUCACUUUUAAUUUGACUUCAUGUAGGAACUGUAAAAUCCUCCUUGUGAUAUAUCUUGCACUCGUGUGUACGCCAUUGCUGUCAGCAUCGUCUCGUCAGUAGUGAUUUUUUUCUGUGAAGGCACCAUUUUGUGCUGUGCCAUCCUACUUCAUGUUGCAUGUACGUCAGCAAAUGAGAUCCACCGAUGGUGUAAUUGAGUAAUCUGCCAGCUUUGAAACAAUGCAUAGACUGAUCUUACAGGUUGUUUAUGGGAAAAUUCUAUCUGUGAAUAACCUUUUCUUCCACAUGUAAAUUUGUGCCUUACACCUUGAGUUUUGUGUACUUGUGAGCUGUAGUACCUAAACCUUUUCCUAUCCGAUACCCAAUAAUUAUUUACCCAUACCUCCAUGCUCCUAACCAGUGCUUGCAGUGCCUGCUGGGUAUUUUGGAGAUAAAUCCACAGUAGUCUGGAGAAGAAUGUAGCGGUAAGACACAGCUCCAUAAUCCCUCAGACAGUACUGCACCAUGUAAUACAUGUGAUCAUUCAUUCUGGAUGUGCCAACCGUGUUCUUAAUCCACCCUUGUAUCAUACUAUCAGUAUGUCCACUGUUGUGGGUGGCAUUUUCCUUUUCCAACAUUAGCCCUUUACUCGAUCAUAUCAUUUCAGUAUGGUGAUAUUAUGCAUCAGCUAGUGUACUGUCUUCAUGUCUGGUGUGCACACUGGAUGUAAUACGAAAUGUGAUUGGCUGGCUUCCGUAUGAACUAUCCAAACCACACUUGCAGUAUGUAUGUACAGUCUAAAAUGAAGUUAGAUAGUUUUAAAGCAGGCUGGUUCCUGCUGUAAUUACAAUACUGCUAGAAUAGGGACAACCAGAAGGACAUUACAAAUGAUUUUUUUUAUUUCUCUUUUUUUUUCCCCCCAUUUGAUUAGUUUCUGUUCAGAGGAUAUAUUUUACAAAACCUACUAUAACAUCUGUAUCAACAUACUUAAGAGAACUUGUUUUUUUUUGCUUUUUUUUAUUAUUUGAUCUCUUGUGUUGACUUUUAUACCAGGUUUGUCCGAUUUUUAUUUAAUUGGUUAAAAUUAGUUAUUUAAAGACCUGUCAUAUAGAAGUGAUUUUACAAACUCAAGAUGGGUUAGAAUAAUGUGUAUAACAAGGGUGGUUGCAUUUCAUUCCAUUUUCUCUGGUUUGUCAUUACACAUUUUAUAUUCUUUGUGCUUGUUAAGUAUAUGACCUAUUAAAUUCAAAAAUUGUCAUCUCUUCCUCUAUGUCCACAACAGCCAUAGUUAAUGGCUACAUUUUGUCAGGCGAUUAAAUGUGUCAAACUUUGUAUGACUGAAAGUUGUCGCUUUGCAAGGAAAGCCUAACAUUCUUUCAUAAAGAUAUAAAAUUGUUCUGUUGCUCUAUGCAUUCCAGAGAAAUUAAACUGUUCUGUCUUUCUUUAUCCCAGAUAAACUUUUUGAUCCAUUUCUUUCUUUGUCUAUAUUAAGGGUUUAAUGUGUAAAAAGUCUCCAGUGAAUCAAAUAAAACAAGAAUGUCUUGUUAGGUUAGUGUUUGAGAUGCAGAGAAAAUCUGAAAUCGCACUUAUGUUAUUAGUGUAGAUUAAGAAGCACUUGUUUGAAAGUACUUGUUUUAAAAAAUCCCCCAGCCUCGCCAUCUAGCUCUCUCAGUACACAUAACGAUCCCCAUCCCCUCUCCUACAGGUCUAUACUUACCACCCCAGAUGAUUGUGACCUCCUGUCUGCAGGGCAAACAUUAAGAAUAUAUUGCCUGUUUACUAAUGUGACCCAAAAUCUGCAUUGUGUGCCGCUCAGGCCUUCUGGAAGGGGUGCAAGUCCUAAACGUCCAUCGCUGGAAAAGCCUGGUUUGGGAGAGAGCUCGUCCUGUCUCCUGUAAUGGCUUAAAGUAAGAAAAGGUCGCCUUAUGACUGCACAUCCAUACCAUCCCUGAGAUGUUCAAGUGGCAACCUCAGCCUGGAUUCCGACCAAGCCACACCCCCAAUGCUUUUUGCUCCGCACCUUAAAGUUUGGUCAUGGGGAUCAUGACUAAGCUCAGAGGGGUGGAGAGAAACACAUUGGGGGCAUUGCCUGGUCACAGUCCAGGCUGAGGUUGCCAAUUACACUCAUCUCAGGGAUUGUAUGGUCAUAGGGAGACCUUUCUUCAUUUUGGACUGUUUACUAAUGUCCUAUAGACUUGAAUUUGACUUGCCCCUAUAGCAGGAGCAGUGUCCUAAUCGAGUGUCUGGGAUGUUGGUGUGUAGGUAUAGUCAGCCUGGCACUAGCUUUUUAAUGUUUGGGCUGCAGUGCGGGAGGUAUGCAUGAACUGUGUAUUAAAGGAAGCUGGGGGAUAUCUUAAAAAAAAAAAA